GUGUAGUGUGUGUUGACGUGGAUUUGGACUGUAAACAGAAUGCCACAGGAAGCUGCACAGAAGUGCAUGUCUGAGGCUGAAUCUUGAUGUUAUAAUUUCAAAACAGAAUAUUGUUACGGGAGAAGACGCUAUGACGAACAUUCAGAAUUUACCAAUCGACGUACAAACCAGCAAAUUACUUGACUGGUUGGUGGACCGCAGACACUGUAACCUGAAGUGGCAGGGUGCUAUCAUGGCCAUCCGCGAGAAGAUAAACUCUGCUAUCCAGGACAUGCCAGAGAACGAAGAGAUCAAGCAGUUGCUCUCCGGAUCUUAUAUUCACUAUUUCCACUGUAUGCGGAUUGUUGAAAUUCUGAAGGGAACCGAGGCCUCAUCAAAAAAUAUAUUUGGCAGGUAUUCUUCCCAGAGGAUGAAGGACUGGCAAGAAAUAGUGUCCCUUUAUGAAAAAGAUAACAGCUACUUAGUGGAAAUGGCCAGCUUCCUGGUGCGUAACGUGAGUUACGAGGGACCUGCACUGCGCCGGCAGCUGGCCAAGGCACAGCAACUGCAGAACGAGCUCAGUCGGCGGGAGGUGGAGUGCCAAAGCAUGGCCGCAGACAUGAGGGAGCGCUUCUACGCUUCCUGCAAGCAGUAUGGCAUCAAGGGGGAGAAUGUGGCACGGGAGCUGCAGGCUUUGGUGAAGGACCUGCCUUCAGUGCUGGAGCAGGUGGGCAGGAAGGUGGCCGGUCUGGAGGAGCCCACUCAGCUGUACAAAGCGUUCACGCAGUUCGUGUGUGACUGGUCGGAGCCGGUGCUGCCCAUGCUCACGUUCGUCCAGCAGAGGGGGAACACCAGCGUUUAUGAGUGGAGGACCGGGGAUGCCCCGUGUGUCAUCGAGAGGCCCACCAUGGAGGAGGCCCCCCUGGACACCGUCACCGAAGAGGCGAUUGACUGGAGUGCUCUGGACAGCCUGGAGGGAGCUGGCGGGACGCAGGCCUUGGACUUUGGUAUCAGCAUGGAAGGCGGCGUGGAUUGGGGCGUAAGCUCAGAGCCCGGUGCUGAAAGUGCUGCAAAUGGCAUUGACUGGGGGGAGGACACUGCUUGCCCAGUGGAAAUCGAAGUUCUGGACAUGGGUGCUGAUUGUCCAGAAGGCGUGGCCAGGGGGGAGGAUGCGCUGUCACUGCUGGAAAACCCCCAGACACGCAACCAGUUCAUUGACGAGCUGAUGGAGCUGGAGUUGUUCCUGUGCCAGCGGAUCAGCGAGAUGUCUGAGGAGGGCGAUGUGGUCACCAUGAGCCAGUUCCAGCUGGCACACUCGGUCAUCCAGGGGCAGACGCGGGAGCGUGUGCAGGCCAUGCUCCUGGAGCUGCGCAGCCUGCUCGAGCAGUUAACCUGCGUGCGCAUGCAGCAUCUCUUCAUGAUCCAGGCCUCGCCGCGGUAUGUGGGGCGUGUGUCCGAUGUCCUAAGACAGAAGCUGAAGCAGGCAGACAUCCUGGUGCUUAAGCAGGCCGCCCUGGCAGAGCGCAGGCAGGAGGCGUUGGAGGAGCAGGCCAAGCUGGAGCCCCGCAUCGACCUUCUGGCCACCCGCACGCGUGAGCUGCAGAGGCUGGUACGGCCCGCAUUCCCCUCGCUCGCAGGCCAGCCGNAGAGGCUGGUACGGCCCGCUUUCCCCUCGCUCGCAGGCCAGCUGCAGAGGCUGGUAUGAUCCAAAAUGAAAAUGACUUCACGAUAUUGGCUUAUAUUGUUCAUGUUACACAGUCAGAUUUUUAAAGUAAUUUCUCAGUGACGAAUCUGUGUAGUGGAGUAAAAUUUAUCAAAGUAUAAUAGGAACAUUAUGUUAAACUAACAGGUAUAUGGAGAUUACAACUACAUCGCUUACCCCCGGACUAGACUGCGGCUCCAUUAAAAAUUUUGCUAUGAGCGACCCACAGCAGCGGUGAGGAGUAUUUUAUGCUCCUGUUUUCAGUGUCUCUGCAUUAUGCAGAACUUGUCAGUGUCUCACCUCCUGUCAGAGGAAAGGAAGAGGACACUUCAGCAGGCCUAUCCUCAACAUGGACCCAGCUCGCUCACGAAAGUGUACAAAACAAGUAUAAAUGAUUAUAACAGCAGCGUCAAAGCAGGCCUCUGAUGUCACCAAGCCAUCGAAACUGACUCUCUUGCUCAUUGAGAACGAUACCAAUUUAACGCGUGAGGUUUCCUGGUAUUUGGCCCUUGGCAAAGUUAUUAAAUAAUGCUUGUUAAUUCAGAUUUCAUUGAAGGGAAGAAAUCAUUAGUGAGCUGGAAGACAGACAAUUAUUAAUACAUAUUAUAAUCAGCGUACGAUUCAGUCUGCCGGUUCAUUCAAAUAUAACCAAGUACGUUUAUUUCUUUCAUAUGUGGACUUCAGACGGAGAGCAGAACACACUAACCUCCGACCGGUCUUGCUGUACUCCCCGUUUGCUGUUUUAGGGUAAUUUUGUGAAGGAGGUUCCAUCAUCACCAACCGAGAAAAUUAACGUCCUGUCGGAACAGUGCAAUGCCGCAGUGCCAAUUUGCAUCAGAAAGCAGCUGCUUUAUAUGGAAAUACUUCCCAGUCAGCUUGUUAAUCGGUUACUAGUGCCCACCUCUAGUGUCGGCUGCCUUUAAUGAAAAUGAUUCGACUGCUGCCAGAGCCUGUUUUAUAACGUGGAGUUUGGCAAGAAAGAUAAAAAUCAUCAAUUAAAUCAUUUGUGUGCCGUUAAAAUGCAACUUGAUAUUUGAGCCGUUUCACGCAGCCAGAAUUGCUUCAUUGACGUCUUUGCGGAGCCU